UACUGGCUAAGGCGGAAGUGGAACAACGAAUGGAUGUGUCCAGUGUGACCGUGUAGAUAACUUUAAACAAAACAUUUGCUUUUUGUACCACGAAUAUAUACUCUUACCAUCUUAUCUCGCAUCCAUGAUGUUCAACAGACAGACGAGUCUCUGGAUGGGUGAUCUCGACCCAUAUAUGGAUGAGAACUUCAUCAAACAGGCCUUUAGUGCUAUGGGAGAGUCUCCAUUUGGGGUCAAGAUCAUCACUCACAGGAUAACAGGCGGUUCAGCAGGAUACUGCUUUGUGGAGCUGGCAGAUGAAGCGAGUGUGGAGCGGUGUGUCCAGAGACUCAACGGGAAACUGGUUCCUGGAUCAAACCCGCCCCGGAAGUUUAAGCUAAACUAUGCCACCUAUGGGAAACGGCCAGAAGCAGGGCCAGAGUUCUCAGUUUUCGUGGGCGACUUGGCUUCUGAGAUAGAUGACUUCCAGCUGCAUCAAGUUUUUAAGAAGUACCCUUCAUGCAAAGGAGCCAAAGUAGUCACCGACCAGUAUGGAUACUCAAGGCUAAGCAAGAGCAACUCACAAUUCAAGUGAUGCUACCUCAUGUUAAAAGUAAAACAACAAGUUUCAGUUCUACCAUAAUAAUACCCAUUAUAUUCUGUUUCUCAUUAUAAGUGGCUAUUAAAUGCCAAGUAUGGAGUGUGCGUUGGCGGUGCAAAGGAGGCGUAACUGUUCUCUGACUUGCAGAGGCUAUGGCUUUGUCAAGUUUGGAGAGGAGAGCGAGCAGAAGAAGGCGAUCGAGGAGUGCCAGGGUAC